GUUGCUUAGAAUUGUUAUGGGAACAGAGUCUUGGAAGCACAACAAUAAUUUGCAGUCUCUGGUUUUCUUUUGUCCCUUUGGAUUUUUUUCCCUUUUCUCUGCUGUCAAGCAGGUCAUAAAAACAAAACAAUACAGAAAAUCUUCCCUCUCAUUGUUUCGAGUCUUUGGAUAGCAAGAGCGCUUUGUAACGCAUUCACCAUCGAUCAUUGCUUAACUUUGGUGCCUUAGAAGCACUUAAGCGUUAGGCGAGGCGAGGCGCCUUACAACAUAAGGAAGUAUGCAACAUAGAUCUGUCGGCCUGGUUUAGAGAAGGAGCCAAGGAGGCAAAAGGCGUGCGAUGGCUGAACCAGUCAUCGGAUUCAUGGUAGAGAAGUUCUGUACUUACGUGGGCAAAAAUUAUAUUUCUGGGUUCUUUGGAUUCGAGAAAGAGUUUGAUAAAUUGAAAAAGAGUAUUUCUUUUCUGAAACCCUUCGUCAUUGAUCUGCAAGAAUCUAAAAACCAGAACAGCCGUAACAGUGAAGUUGUCAAGACUCUUGUGGAAAAAUUUAGGGAGUUGAUUUAUGAAGCAGAUGAUAUACUAGUUGACUGUGAAAUUCAUGCGGAUUACCACAGAGAUCCUAACCCUCUGAUUACCAGUCUUCACAAUGGCGACUUUCGUCAUCGAACAAAGAGAAGACUGGAGGAAAUUAAUGAGGAAAUUAGUGAGAUGCAGAAUACAAUCUUUAACUACUGCCUUCCUUCCAUGUUUAAGCAAAUCAAUGCGCCAGAGGGAAGUAACAAAUGUGCCACCAACAGCCGGUGGACUUCCUCUAUACUAAUUAAAUCCGAGAUUGUGGGCCUGAUCAGAGAUGUAAGACAGAUAAAAGAAUGGAUCCUUGCAAAAAACGAUGAGUUACACCUAGUUGCGAUUGCGGGCAUGGGAGGUUUGGGAAAGACAACCCUUGCGAAGAAGGUAUUUAACGAUAAACAAGUACGUGCUCAUUUUAAGAAGAGGAUUUGGGUUUCUGUCUCUAAGCCUGUUGACGUGGUGAGAAUCAUGAAGACCAUCUUGCAAGAGUUAAGUAUCACAGACUAUAGUAGUGACUCUUAUCCGGCAACAUUACUGCUAAAAAUCAAAGAAGCUCUCAACAAAACAACGUAUCUUAUCAUUAUGGAUGAUGUAUGGGGCAUUGAAAAAGGCUGGUGGGCACAGAUGCUUAAUGGAUUAACACAAGAUGGGAGAUACAACAGUUGCAUCAUAAUUACCACAAGAAAUGAAGAAAUUGCAAAGCGCAUGGGAGUCGGAGAAUUAAGAAUUCACAGACCAAAUCUCCUUAGUGAUGAGGAUAGUUGGUCAUUGUUAUGCAAAGUUGCAUUCUCUACAGGAAUCUGUCAGCAUCACCAGUUACAAAAAGUGGGGAAACAAAUUGCAAAGAAAUGUGGUGGCCUCCCUCUAGCAAUCAAGGCAAUAGGAGGGUUGUUGUCAACAAAAUCAAGCUCCCUAUCUGAGUGGAAGAAGAUUUUUGAUGAUUUUCGUGAUAAAUUGGCAGAGGUUAGUGCGGAUACUGAUGAUUCCGUAGUUGCUUCUCUACAACUUAGUUAUGAUGAUUUACCUAGUCGUCUGAAGCAGUGUAUACUAUGUUUUUCAAUUUAUCCUGAAGAUUUCCGAAUAAGAGCUAAACAGUUGGUGUAUUGGUGGGCUGGAGAAGGUUUUAUUGUCCCAGGAGGUAACAGUAAAACAACACUUCAAGUAGCAAAAGACUGUUUUUCUGAAUUAUUCAGUAGAUGCCUUAUUGAACCUGUUGAUGGUAGGGCAGUUGGCGAUGACGAUUUUUUUGAAUGCAAGAUGCAUGAUAUGGUGCGGGAUUUGAUCAUAAUUGUCGCGAAGCAACAGGCAUUUUGUAGCUUCGAUGAUGGCGACGGACUAGUAUUUGAUAAGGAUACUCGUCAUUUCGGCAUUCCAAGAGGAGUCAGUAUUCCCAGUACAGAAUUUACCAAUUCCAAGAUUCGAGCCAUGAUACUAUUAGAUAUGCUCAGUCCUUUCCAAACCUGGAAACAGAACUAUAACUUAACAAAGGUCGAUUCUCUGAGGGUGCUAGAUCUCAGUUUUUGUAAUCUGCAACCAAUUCACGAGUUAGUAGAAUGGAUCAAAUCACAGAAGCGCCUCACAUAUCUCAACCUUCAUAGUACAUCUUCAAGAGCAACCAUGCCAGAUUUUUUCAAAUAUCUCCCAAACCUCCAAUAUUUGAUUAUAAGUUGUAACAGUUAUUUAAAGAGGAUCUCCGUAUCUUCUUUGCGAAAACUGAUAGUUUUGGAUCUAUCACAUUGUUAUAAACUAGAAUGCCCGGAGGGAUUGGGAAAUCUCAUUAACCUUGAAGAGUUAUCCGGUUUAAAGCUAGGAAGUUCAAGUGCUAGACUUCCAGAUAUUAUCAACUUGCCCAAACUUAGAGUGCUAAGGCUAAGUACUGCGGGAGCUCCAAAUGUUGAUAUGUUCAGACGUGACAUGUGUGUACUCUCACAACUAGGUAAUCUCCAGGUUUUAUAUAUUAACUCUUUUUGUCCACUAUGCCAGGAGGAUAUUAACAAGCAACUGGACCAUCUUGAACCACCUGCAUCUCUUGAAGAGUUAUGUAUUCAUAAUUACAUGGGAGAAACUAUGCCAGGAUUUAUCAAGCCAGAACUUCUACCAAAAUUGCAGCACCUUACUAUUAAGAAUUCAAAACUGAAACACCUGACUCCUGACUUCUGGGGAACAAAAGAGAAAAGCUGGAACCUCGAGGCCUUAUCUUUGAUUGAAUUGCCGAAGCUGGAAAUGAAUUGGGGGACUGUGAGACAAAUGAUGCCAUUAAUAAGUUAUGCAGAGGUAAAAAAAGUGCCGAUGUUGGAGUCUUUCCCUGGUAACAUGUUUAAAAUAAAAUACAAUGUUUGGAGGAAAAUAGAAGAGGAAGAUGCUAAACUUAGAGAAAAUGCUGUGGAUCUGAUUGACGAUGAGGACGAGGAUGAGGACGAGGCAGAGCCUAGUCCCAAGAAGGAAAGAGUUACCUAGUUCUGUGGUGAGAUGUUUAGUCUUAAUCCUAUCUUUAAUUCAAGUUGUGUCUAGCGUGUUAGAGACUCAUGAAGAGGUUUUUUCACUCGAAGGAGUUUUUCCUCGAUCUAGUUCUCUUUGUUUUAGGAAAAUAAGUUAGCUCGAUUUUAAGUAGUAGAAAUUCUAUGUUAUAAAAGUAAGGAUCAUCAUUAAUGAAUAAUAGUACAAUAUUGCUUUUUUUGUUUUUCUGAA